AUCGUCAAUUAAUCACCGAUAAUAAGUCGUAUAAUAAUUCGCAAUCGAUUUCACCUUGUCAUUAGAUGUCAUUCGAAUUACUCAUCGGUAAACGUUAACAGGUGGGAAUUUUUAAACACACAGUGAUGUGUAGAACAGCGUGAAAUUAACGUCUGCGCGAAAUUUGUCUUCUUCUUUAUUAUCCUCGUGAGAAUUUUCCGGUACAUUAUCGUCGUAUCUGUCGUAAUGUUUCUCGGUGCACUACAAGUUGCGCAAAAAGACCCAUUACCGCAAAGGUGACAGAUUCGCUGCUAAUGUUUCCUGUUUCUGAGGUUUCUGGAUUCCGAUGUCUCAAAUGUGACGAAAUGAGUAUGUUUCUUUGCAAUCGAGAAGAAAUAAUCAAAACUAUAGUUUCCUCUUGUGAAGGGUUAUAUAAAGCGAUGUAUCGGCAAAGUGGAUAAUUAGACGCUAUAAGUAUACGAAUAAACUCGAAAGGCAAAGAGGAAAAGAAAUUUCUUACUAUGUGACUGUUAUAUAGUAUAAUACAUACAAUACGCGGAGGUCUUGUAUAAAAGAUGAGCCAAGAAUGUAAUAUGAAAGCGAGAAAAUGUUAAAAUUCAACAACUUACUAUUAUCGCGACUAUACACCUGUGCGCGCGCUUUAAUCUGACGGAAAGGAUUGCGCGUACUAGCCUAUACGGAUACGAGUACGUCGCGCGAUUUCUUUAAGCAGUCUGUCAAAGUCUGCCGACUUGCCAAGACGCGUGCGGAAAAUCGCCAAAAAAGAAAAGGUCGAUCAGACAGAUCAGCAUGGGUCACGUAAAGAGUUAUGUCGUCGAUACGGAUGAGACACGUGGUGUAUUCAAGCUGCCGGUCCCACCAGCAGAAAAUUGCGCACUUGAAAAUACAAUCUCGGCACCGAUUAAGGAAGAAGAGAAAAAGAAGGACCGAGCGCAGUGGAAGAACGGGGUGGAGUUUCUGAUGUCCUGCGUCGCGUUCUCCGUUGGCUUCGGAAAUGUCUGGAGAUUCCCAUACACUGCCUAUGAGAAUGGCGGCGGCGCCUUUCUAAUCCCAUACAUAGUGGUGCUUUUCAUAAUCGGCAAGCCUUUUUAUUACAUGGAAAUGAUCCUCGGACAAUUCACCAACAAAUCCUGUGUCCAAGUAUGGUCCGUGUCACCCGCGUUUCGAGGUAUCGGCUAUGGUUUAAUGGUAUCUGUAUUCUCCGUGAUUACUUAUUAUUGUGCUCUUAUGGCCUUGGCACUUUAUUAUAUGGUGGUCAGCUGUCAAGAGUUACUUCCAUGGGCUUAUUGUUGGGAGGAAUGGGGUAACGAGUGUUUCGACAAUUCAUUAACCAGCCAGUAUACGAGAAACGGAAGCACAAGUUCCGCCGAUCUGUAUUUCAGGAAAGUCGUUCUUAACGAAACGGGAAUUGAAAAUGGUCUCGGGUUACCUUCGUGGAAACUGGUCAUAGCGUUGUUGGUCAGUUGGAUAUGCGUCUACGUGGUAAUCUGCAAGGGUGUGAAGAGUACCGGUAAAGCAGCCUACUUUCUCGCCCUUUUCCCGUAUGUCAUCAUGAUCAGCCUUCUGGUCAGGGCGGUGACACUGGACGGAGCAAUAGACGGCAUUCUGUUUCUCUUCAACCCUACUUGGCACAAAAUCCUCGAACCAUCGGUGUGGUACGCCGCCAUUACUCAAUCCUUCUUCUCUUUGGGCGUGUGUUUUGGCGCAGUGACCAUGUAUUCUUCCUAUAACAGUUUUGAGCACAAUGUAUCCAGGGAUUGCACGAUCGUGACGAGUCUGGAUCUCUGCACCAGCUUAAUAGCGGGCACGACCAUUUUUGGUAUUUUGGGCAAUCUUGCUCACGAAAUCGGCAACGACGACAUAAGCAGCGUUGUUCGUGGCGGAACGGGCCUGGCUUUCGUGUCCUAUCCGGAAGCCUUGGCGAAAUUCACCGUAGUACCGCAACUCUUUGCCGUACUUUUCUUUCUGAUGCUCUUCGUGCUCGGCAUAGGUACUAAUGUCGCCUUCUGCAACGUGAUCAUCAGCAUUAUCAAAGAUCGAUUUCCUCGACUCAAUCAAUGGAAGAUUGCUGCUGGUGUUGCAAUCCUUGGUUUUUCGAUUGGUAUCGUCUAUUGCACGCCGGGUGGCCAGUACAUUCUCAAUCUGGUAGACUACUUUGGUGGAACAUUUAUUAUUGUGUUCUUAGCUUCCUUUGAGGUGAUUGCCAUUUCCUGGGUAUAUGGCAUAGACAAUUUCAUGGAUGAUGUCGAAUUCAUGGUAGGACGACGACCGUUCUUCUACUGGAGAUUCUGCUGGUGUUACUUGACUCCUCUAUCCCUAUUUACUAUUUUGAUUUCUUUCUUGAUAAAUAUAACACCGCUUACGUACAACGACGAGUACUAUCCAACAUCUGCAUAUGCUGCAGGCUGGAUACUUUUGGCAUUAGGAAUUCUUCCAUUGCCCUUGGGUAUGAUCAUUGUUGGAGUCCGGAACAAGGAUAAGCAAUGCUCGAACGCAUUUAAGCCAAGUGCCGAUUGGGGCCCGAAAGAUUCUAAGAAAUACAACGAGUGGAUGUGCUUCAAGCAAUCGAAGAGGAUAUCGCGUGCGUGCGCGAACAAAUCGAAAAUUGUCGCGGCACUAUUUGGCAAUAAUUGAUAAUAGCAAUUAUUAAAACAGUAUCAAAGUUA